CACACUGCAGCAAGGGGUGACACCAGCCAAGGCAGGGAGAGUCGGGUUAAAAGCACAACAGCGGUCAGAGUGAUGGCAGCCAUCCGGAAGAAGCUGGUGAUCGUGGGGGAUGGAGCGUGCGGGAAGACCUGCCUGCUCAUCGUCUUCAGCAAAGACCAGUUCCCCGAGGUCUACGUGCCCACGGUGUUCGAGAACUACAUCGCCGACAUCGAGGUGGACGGUAAACAGGUGGAGCUGGCGCUUUGGGACACAGCGGGCCAGGAGGACUACGACCGGCUGCGACCGCUGUCCUACCCCGACACAGAUGUCAUCCUCAUGUGCUUUUCCAUCGACAGCCCUGACAGUUUAGAGAACAUUCCGGAGAAGUGGACCCCUGAGGUGAAGCACUUCUGCCCCAACGUCCCAAUCAUUCUAGUGGGAAACAAGAAGGACCUGCGGAAUGAUGAACACACACGCAGGGAGCUUGCCAAGAUGAAGCAGGACCCAGUGAAGCCAGAGGAGGGCCGGGACAUGGCCAACCGCAUCAGCGCGUUCGGCUACCUGGAGUGCUCCGCGAAGACCAAGGAUGGUGUGCGGGAGGUGUUUGAGAUGGCCACCAGGGCGGCACUGCAGGUCCGCAAGCGCAAGAAGAGAAGUGGGUGCCUGCUGUUGUGAGAGGGGUGUGGGUCGACGUCGGGUGACAACCGAAAGCAAAAGGAGGAGUUGCACUCACCAAACGCCAUCUUUGUACUGUAUCUUACAUUUCACGCAUAUAAGCGGGGAAUCGGAAAAAAUCACCAACACACAUUGAUCAAGGAAAGACUGGGCUGCAACACAGGUUCAAAACUGACAUUUUAACCGGCCUUUUUUUCUCUUCCCUUUUUUGGCACUAUGGGUCUUUUUUAUGUUGUUUUUCACCAGCAUAUCUUCCUAUUUGUACAAUUAUGAAAAGAUAAUAAAUGUAUGUAUGUGUAUGAGUACACUUAUCUUGGUCUCCCCUUCCACUACCGUGGUAUCAUAGAUUGGCUGCUUUAUCUGGUAUCAUGUCUACACAUGGACAGAGGGCAGGAUGACCCUCCUAAAACUCAUCUAUGACAAAACUAGGGUGCGAGGGUGAAAAUUAAUUGCUAAGAGUUGCCUCUGUCACCGUUAUGGUUUUGUGCGACGAUCCUGGUCCCACUGUUCCCCUUAAAAGGCUCCUUUGGGUCAGCAUGAAGAGGGGCGGUCAGCUGUGAGGCCACGCUGAUUCAGCCCAUUUCCUGUGGUGAUGACUGACUCCCCCUGCCAGCAGCCUGGGCUGGUAAUGAGGAGAGAAAAUGGGCUGUUGCCCGGGGGGGGCCCAGAGCAGCCACGUCCCCCCGACCCCCACAGCCGAGCUGAGCAAUCGCAGGGCCUCUGUUUGUCUGGGGAGGAGUACCUGCUGUGAGGAAAGCGGUCCUUAAACCCCACCCAGCCUGCUCUGCCACUCUGAUGGCAGUACCCAUCCACAAUGUCAUUUAUGUCUUUCCCAGCGUAUUCAUAGAUGAGCAAAUGGAGAAUCCUGACCUGAAAUACCUGAGCGCAUCAGAAGGUAGACUGAGAAAGAAGGGGCUGCUCCACACAUUUAAACGGCUUUAUCCAGGGGUGCCCAAUGCUCGUCUUUUUUUUUGGGUGGGGGGU